UUUCAGUCACUCAAUGGGCGUACUUGAUCUCACUCGCAGUCAACUUCAAUUCAAAUUCAAAUUAUGUAUGGACAUUCAAUUAUUUCGUGAUACUUGUCGCUCCUAUACGCUUCAUAAAUUAAGGUUGUUGUUGCCGCAUUUUUGCAAGAUAUUCACUUGAGUCUACCAUUUCUUAUUCAGACAAGACAUGGACGGUCCCGUUGGACCAUCUCCAUGUCAGAGCGGUCGGGAGGAGUCACGUGAUACACACACAACCAGGCUGGGGGCGCUAGAAGCGUGUGACGACAACUGUCAGUGCGAUACGACGCAAGGCGAAGUCAAAAUAAGGAGCAAGAGGUACGGCAGGGGCGCUGUCGAGUCAGGUUUAACACACGAAUGCGGUGUGUUCGGGGCGAUAGGCACUGGCGAGUGGCCGACACAGGUGGACGUAGCACAGGUCAUAUGCUUGGGACUGGUGGCGUUACAACACAGGGGUCAAGAAUCGGCGGGAAUCGUGACGUCAGAGGGCAAGAGUGCACGGACCUUUAAUUCCCACAAGGGCAUGGGCCUCAUCAAUAAUAUCUUCAAUGAUGAAGCCAUGAGGAAGUUGAAGGGAAACCUUGGAAUAGGGCACACCAGGUAUUCUACGUCAGCAGCGUCAGAGGAGGUGAAUUGCCAGCCUUUUGUCGUGCACACGGCACACGGCGCGCUGGCCGUCGCCCACAACGGCGAGCUCGUCAACUGCAGCAGUCUUAGGAAAAUGGUGUUAGGUAGAGGCGUAGGUCUGUCCACACAUUCAGACUCUGAGCUGAUCACGCAGGCACUGUGCCUUAACCCGCCAGAGGGGGAGACCAAUGGUCCCGACUGGCCGGCCAGAAUAAACAAUCUUAUGAGGUUGGCACCUCUCAGUUAUUCUUUAGUAAUAAUGUUGAAGGACAAAAUCUACGCAGUCCGAGAUCCUUACGGGAACAGGCCGCUGUGUCUCGGUAAAAUAUUACCAUUGGGCUCAUCAUAUGUCUACAAACAGUCGUCGGCGCAGCAUGCAGCGGUUUUAACGAACGGCAUCGCUAAGAAUGGCGUUGAUGACAAAGCCGAGGGUUGGGUGGUCUCCUCUGAGUCCUGCGGAUUUCUCUCAAUAGGCGCGCGCUACGUGCGCGAGGUGCUGCCGGGCGAGAUCGUGGAGAUGUCGCGGCGCGGGCUGCGCACCGUGGCCGUGGUGGAGCGCCCGCCGCACAAGCUGCAGGCCUUCUGCAUCUUCGAGUACGUCUACUUCGCCCGCGCAGACAGCAUCUUUGAAGGUCAGAUGGUGUACUCGGCGCGGCUGCAGUGCGGGCGCAUGUUGGCGCGCGAGUCGCCCGUGGACGCCGACAUCGUGUCCUCCGUGCCCGAGUCCGGCACGGCCGCCGCGCACGGGUACGCGCGACAGUCGGGGAUACCGUUUAUGGAAGUUCUAUGCAAGAAUCGAUACGUGGGUAGAACUUUCAUCCAGCCAUCAACACGUUUGCGACAACUCGGCGUCGCUAAGAAGUUCGGUGCACUCUCAGAGAACGUGCGCGGGAAACGCAUCGUACUCAUAGACGACUCCAUUGUGAGAGGGAACACAAUCGGACCAAUCAUCAAGCUACUAAGAGACGCUGGCGCUGCUGAGGUGCACAUAAGGAUAGCGUCUCCGCCGCUCAAGUACCCCUGCUACAUGGGCAUUAACAUCCCCACCAGAGAGGAGCUCAUCGCCAACAAAAUGGACUCCUUCAAGUUGGCCGAGCAUGUUGGCGCAGACAGCCUUGAGUACUUGAGUGUUGAGGGUCUGGUGAGCGCGGUGCACUACAACAUGAAGACGUCUGCGGAGGCGGGGCUGGGCGGACACUGCACUGCCUGUCUUACUGGCGACUACCCUGGCGGACUGCCUGAUGACGUCGAUUGGUGAAACACUACACUACACUGCAGUAUACAACACUACACUACGCUACAUUAUACUACGCUACACUACAGUACACUACACUAUAGUGCACAACACUACACUAAUUUACGCUUUUAACACUACACACACUACACUUUUAACAUUUAGAUUAAAUUACACUACCCUACGCUACAGUACACUACACGAAUGUACGUUACAAUACACUACAUUAGUAUCGUCAAAGGUUACAGUACACAACACUACACUAAGCUAUGCUUUUAACACUACACUGCACAUUUAACAUUUAGACUACAUUACACUACGCUGCUCUACAGUACACAACACUAAUGUACGCUGCAAUACACUACAUUACGCUACGCUACAGUAUACAACACUACACUAAGCUACACUUUUAACACACCCGGUUCUUUAGCCAGUAUAUUUGAGUGCUUAUGUAAGCGAGGCAUGGAUGGGUCACUGCUGUUUCCAUAAUGCUAGUUGCCAGUCCAAUUAUUGAACACUACUGUCCAAUUGUGCUGGCCAAGUGUAAAUCUGAUACGAGUUUGGUACAGGCCGCUGCCAGACAUAAACUGUAAUGUAACCUUUUAAAUAAUUAUUUACAAGGUUUUAUGUACCGAAACAUAUUUAAAAACUUGACUUCCUCCUUACAAAUUAAAGAUUAACUCUUACUUCGCUUUACACUUUUUUCACUUAACACUAUAGUAAAAUUGCUAGAAAUAGAAAAUUAUUAAUAAUUAUUCGUUCUUCCGUGUAACUUUUGUAAAACUGAAAUUUUAAAUUGCCACAAGAAAAUGAGAGGACCAACUAAAAUGUUUUUGUUUUAAAGAGAAAUACAUAUCGAAAUAAAUAUUCUU